AUGGAGCACCACCAGCGGCUGCUGCAUUUGUCGCCACACCAAGAGCACCUCAUGAUCGGCCCGGGCUUCUUCGACGUUGACCCGAUGCACUUCCACGGCGACGACGGCGGCUUCGCGGUGCAGCCGGCCGCCGCGGUCGUCGACGAUGGCGCCUGGAUGGAGGACCUCAUGCAUCUCGGCGACGAGCUGUUCGGCGGUGGAGGUGGCGGCGGCGGCGCCGGGGACGACAACGACAUGGUGGGCGCUGCUGCUGACCAGGAAUGGCGGCAGGAAUGCGAGGGCGCGUCCCCGGACGACCACCCCUGCAGCUACGACGACGUGAUCAGCCCUGUCUCCGGGGAGCAAGGCGCGGGCUUCGAGCCUAGCCGCGACGACAGCGACCUGUCGGGGACGAGGAAGAGGAGGGACCGCUCCAAGACCAUCGUGUCGGAGCGCAAGAGGAGGUUCCGGAUGAAGGAGAAGCUAUACGAGCUCAGGGCUCUCGUCCCAAACAUCACAAAGAUGGACAAGGCCUCCAUCAUCGCCGACGCAGUGGCGUACGUCAAGAACCUGCAGUCGCACGCCAGGAAGCUCAAGGAGGACGUGGCGACGCUCGAGGCGCGGCCGGGAUUGGCCGGCCGGCGGCAGCAGCAGCAGCAGCAGCAGAAGCAGGGCCGGCGGCAGGGGCAGCACGGCCGCAACGGCGGCGACGACGAGGGGAACAGCGGCAGCUCCAGAGGGGGCGGCGGCGCGCGGGUGACGCUAGUGAGCGCGGCCCAGGUGGGCGAGGGCCGCUUCUUCGUGACGGUGGAGUGCGAGCGGCGGGACGGCGUGGCGGCGCCUCUCUGCGCGGCCGUCGAGUCCCUGGCCGGCUUCCUGGUGGAGAGCUCCAACCUCGGCUGCUCGUCGGACCGCGUCGUGUCAACCCUCACACUCAAGGUUAGUGAAGCAAGGGAGGAGGUGAUGAUCAGCGAUCGCACGGUGAAGCUGUGGGUGAUGGCGGCGCUGCUCAGCGAGGGCUUCCGGCCAGAAGCCACGUCGGAGAUCUGCUAA